AUGAAUGUCCGGUCCUUGAAAUCAAGAGAGCAUUUCUGUCUCGUCGAAGACACCAUAUUGCAUAAUGGCUUUGAUAUCUUCACCGUAUCUGAAACGUGGGCGGAUUUAUCUGUGUCUGACGCAAGCCUUGAGAUCUCUGGUUACCAACUUUUCAGACAGGAUCGUGGACAACAUAAAGCUGGAGGUGGCUUGUGCACCUACGCCAAGUCAAACCUCAAGAUUACUGUGCUUGAGAAUUUAUCAUCUGCCUGCGACGAUGACUUUCAACAACUUUGGCUAAGAGUUCAAUGCAGAAAGUACAAAUCGUUUUUGAUCUGCAACACAUAUCGACCUCCACAAACGCCAAGCACGUGCUUUGAAUCUCUUGCAAAUAGCCUCACAGAUGCAUUACUCCUAGACUUAAAUGAUGUCUUUCUUGGUGACCUAAAUUGCAAUCUUUUAGCUCCUGACCCUGAGACUACCUCACUGCAGACCUUUAUUUCAACAUUUAUUUUACAACAACUGGUUAAGAAACCCACAAGGAUUACAGAAACCACAAAAUCUUUAAUCGACGUAAUUUUGACGACAAACACAGAUAUUGUCAGCCUCAGUGACGUGCUUACCUGUUCAGUAAGUGAUCACCAUCUUGUUUACCUAGUAUUAACGUUGAAGACCCUUCGACUCGAGCCCUCCUAUGUUACCAUCAGGAGUUACGCUAAUUACAAUGCAAAACAAUUCAAUGAGGAUCUCUCACUUGUACCUUUUCAUAUAAUAUCUAUGUUUGACGAUUUUGAUGACCAAGUGGAGACGUUCAACGCGUUAUUUACCGAUAUUUUAGAUGAUAAAGCCCCUUUAAAGCGAGUAAAAAUCACGUCAAGACCCAACCCAUUUAUUUCAGCUGAAAUUCGCCAACUGAUGAAGAACUGGGACCAAUGGCAUCGACAGGAAGUCAAGCGUGAACUACGAAUUGCAGAAAAAUCUUAUGUGAGAUCUCAGCUAUUACAAAACAAAGGAAACACUAUUGCAAUUUGGAAUAUAAUUAACAACUGCCUGCCAAAGAAGUCCAAAAGCCGCUCUAUUAUUCCUGACAACCCAAUUUCCUUGGCAAAUGGAUUUAAUGAAUAUUUAACAUCUGUUGGAAGUUCAGCAGCUCAGGAAGCUUAUGAUCUUGCUUGUGUACAUAAUUAUCAUAUUAAUCCAGCAAUGCCAACCCUUUUGCGAACGCCUGAUGACUGCCCUGACUUAUUUCGAUUUCACCCCGUACUGGAGAAGGAUGUUGAAGGUGUAAUUAAGGGCUUUUCUUCCAACAAAGCACAAGGUCGUAAUAAGAUUACUACCCGCGUCCUCAAGGACUGUUUGACACUCAUAGUACCAACUAUUACAAGCAUUAUGAAUAACUCAUUUAGAUCUAAUUGUUUCCCGAAAGUAUGGAAAAUGGCUGAAGUUACUCCUGUGUUAAAGUCUGGCAACCCCGAAGAUCCCUGUAAUCACCGGCCCCUCUCAUUACUGCCAAUGCUAUCUAAGGUGUCUGAGAGAUUAGCUCAGCGUCAGUUUGUUGACUACAUAACCACCAACAAGAAGCUAUCUGAAAAUCAGAGUGGUAAUCGAAAAUGUCACUCUACGGAAACUGCUCUCUUACACGUAACAGAUGAUUUUCUCAUGGCCAUUGAUAAGAGUGAAGUGUCCGUUGUCGUGCUACUAGACUUGUCCAAGGCAUUCGAUAGUAUCAGACAUGAUCUUCUCCUUCAGAAGUUACAGAGCAUAGCUGUUGCCUCUUCGAGCUUGGGGUGGUUUCAUAAUUACCUGUCUGGUCGUAGCCAGCGAGUGCGCAUUGGGGAUACUGUCUCAGACCAGCUCCCUCUUAAAUACGGAGUUCCUCAGGGUUCUAUUUUGGGGCCUGUGUUAUUUACCAUCUAUGUAAAUGAUCUCUUGUCCGUUCCAACCCACUGCAAGUCUGUGUGCUACGUCGAUGACUGUAAACCAUACCUAUCCUUUCGCUCAAUUGACAUCGCUCGCGUAUUUGGUUAUCUGAACGAAGAUUUGAGAGAAAUUUGCCGAUGGUGCUGCCAGAAUUCCUUUUUAAUAAACCCAGCUAAAACUAAAAUCUUACUAGAUGGUGUUCCUCAACUACUGCGGAAAUUGCCUCCAACGUCAAUUUCACUC